AUGUCUGAUUCAAAUCAACAACCACAACCAGAACAGCAGCAGCCAGUGAAUGCAGCCCCUCAACAAGAAGGAAAUCCACCACCACAACAACAACAACAAGGUUAUCCACCACAACAAGGUUAUCCACCUCAACAAGGUUAUCCACCACCUCAACAAGGCUAUCCACCACAACAAGGUUACCCUCCUCAACAAGGUUAUCCACCACAACAAGGUUACCCUCCUCAACAAGGCUACCCACCACAACAAGGUUAUCCACCACCUCAGCAACCCUAUCCAGGUCAACCAUAUCCACCACAACAAGGUUACCCACCACAGCAAGGUUAUCCACCACAGCAAGGCUACCCACCACAACAAGGUUAUCCACCACCACAACAACAGUCAUUCUAUGUUCAACAACCACUUGCAUACCCACCACCUCAACAAACACCUGUAGUAUAUGCACAACAACCAUCGAUUUGUCAAGCAGCAGGUUGUAGUAUAACAGCAGAGAAUGGUGAAAAGUAUUGUGCGUCUCAUAAGAAAUCUAUUGAAAUCAAUGUGGAGAUUCCUUUGCCAGAACCAGUUGCCAUUCCUCCACCUGUUAUAACACCACCAGGUGGCUAUAAGUCCCAAAGCUCUUCGGAAGAUGGUUGCUGUUCUUCUUGUUGCGGUGAGUGUAUGGAAGAAUGUUUAAAUUAA